AUAGGAGGAGACGGGGGUGUAGCACUGACCAAUCAGCAUGAGGGGAGGAGGUGUGGCCACCCCCUGACUAUCAUGGCAGCUGCAUCUCUCAUUCUCACAGUCACUGUACAGAGACGCCUGAGAACAGAACGUACAGAAUUCAGUUGUAAAGAAACCAUUUACUGAUUAUGUGAUAGCAGACAUCCCCGCGUGUCAGGAGGACUGAGCAGGACUAAGAGCCCCAUCACGGUGCCUCCACCUCACUCACUGAUACAUGAGAGGCACAAUGACCAGAAGAUCCUGGAACUCACCAACAAGAUCAUUCAUCUGCUGACUGGAGAGAUUUAUCGGAGAUCAGGAAUAAACCCAAAACAUUUCCCGCCGCUAUUUCUUCAUUGAGUGUCAUCAAUAGUCUGAUCCAACAGUUCAGAUCUAAAGUCACAUAGUAAAUACAGUAUAAAGCAUGAACAAGAAAGUGUGAGGAAAAUAAAAACGGGGAUUCAAUAUCACAUAAAGACCCAGGUCUCUCUGAUUCAGAACACGUAUCGGACGGCGGAGAUUCUGCCGUCACAGAAACAUACGUAGAAGAUCUCACAGACAUGUCUUCUCCUGAAGAUGGAAAUCUCCCAGGCUCUGAUACAGAAGAGUCAUGUGGAGAUGAAAAUCCCACAGAUUUGGAUACAGAAUGGUCAUACGAAGGUGGAAGUCCAACAGCAUCAAAUGGAGAGUCUUCUGAAGAAGGAAACCCCCGAGAGGCUGCUACCAAAGACACAUCCGUAACUAAGCAGAGAAAGAGGACUGCUGAUAAAGCAAGACCGGGCACAGAGAGAGGGUACGCGUGUCCUGACUGUGAUGUAAGGUUUCCUAGCAACUCCGACCUUGUCAGACAUAAGCAGAGUCACAGAGCCGGAGGUGCGUAUAAGUGUAGUCACUGCGGGAAAUGCUUUGAUUCAAAAACAAAGUUGACCAGACAUGAGCGACACCACAACAGAAAGAUCAAAUGUCCUGAAUGUGGGAGAUGUUUUUCCGGUAAGGCCUAUCUAAUAAGACAUCAGAGAUCCCACACAGGCGAGAAGCCAUUUCAGUGCUCUGAAUGCAAAAAGUGUUUUCCCAGGAAAUGCUCUCUAAUCCGGCAUGAGAGAAGCCACACGGGCGAGAAGCCUUACUCAUGUGCGGAAUGUGGGAAACAGUUUACUAGUAGUCAGACAUUGGUGGAGCAUGGAAGAAGUCACACCGGAGAGAAGCCAUUUCCAUGUUCUGAGUGUGGGAAGUAUUUUACCAGCAAAAAAACCCUCACGAGACAUCAUGCAUAUCACACUGGGAGAAAUCUGUUUUCAUGUUCUGAGUGUGGAAAAACAUUCAAUCAUAGACCAAACCUUGACAGACAUUUAAGAACACAUACAGGUGAGAAGCCGUUUCCAUGCUCUGAGUGUGAGGAGCGAUUUUCCAGCCGUCCUCAGCUUUUAGUGCAUCAAGCAGUUCAUACUGGUAAAACAAUUAUAUGCUCAGAAUGUGGGAAAUCAUUCCCUUCUCGGUCAUGUCUGUAUGCGCACAGAAAAACUCACACAGGCGAGAAGCCAUAUUCAUGCUCUGAAUGUGGGAAGUGCUUCAGUAUGACAUCAAAUCUCAUUCGGCAUGAGAGGACUCACACUGGAGAGAAACCAUUUGAGUGUUCGGAGUGCAUGAAGGCUUUCAACUGUAUGUCCCAUCUUAACCGGCAUAAAAAGACCCACACUGGUGAGAAACCGUACUCAUGUCCUGAGUGUGGGAAAUGUUUUACAGACAACUCAACUCUACAACGUCACAAAUUAAUUCACACAGGAGAGAAACCGGUUUCUUGUUCUGAGUGUGGAAAAUGCUUCCACGAUCAGAUAGGUUUACGUCAGCACCAGAAAACGCACAUAGGGCACAAACCUUACUUGUGUUUAGAGUGCGGGAAUUAUUUUGCCAAUAAAUUCAAUCUUCAGUUACACCAAACACUUCACACGGGGGAAAAGCCGUUCCCAUGUUCUGAGUGUGGUCAAAGUUUCCGACGGAAUUGCUUUCUCAAGGCUCACAUGAAGACUCACUAUGGAGAAGAGGUUGAGUGAUCUUGUUAAUGGUGGGACUUUCUUUAUUGAAGUGAAUAGAGAUACAUGUGACCAGUGGAAUGAAUAAAAUCAGCUUACACUUUAUGUAUUCUUAGAAGCAGAGUAAUACUUAGCUACAUAUACUAUUCAGACAAUACAUCUCAUUCAGCUUUGUUGAAUAAGGUGUGGUUCCCAGGGAGCUUUAGCUGUCUUCUGACAUCUGGCUAGUCACACAAUAAACAUCAGCUAUAUAACUGCAGUCUGAAGUCCUGCGAGGCUGAGGCUAUUGUAUUCCCCGUAUUUAACAUGGAAUCUGGGUAAUUUUCUCUCCAUAUUAGGUUAAAAUCUGCAGAAGUAGAUGUUUCUGUAUUGAGCCUUGUUGAAUUAUUACCAUGAAUUUAGAUGAAAAGAUUCCCAAAAAUCUGUGCGUAUUAGACACCCCAUAGACUUACCUGGUGAUGUGAUGUUCAUGUCUAAAAUUCAGGUGGUCACCAGAGAAACAUUCUCUGCAUCUGCCGAACCACCAGAUGUUCUACUUGUUGGGCCACAUUGGAUACUGUAGCUGUCCAGAGAGGCAGGUUUGGGCUGAGUGUGGCCAGCUUAUCUUUGCUCUGAGAACAUCAUCCAGGUCACCAGAAUCUUAUUACUCUCUAAUUUCAGAGACAGGAAUAAGAUUCUGCCAUUGUCCCAGGAAAAGAAGAAGCCUCAUCUGAAAACACCCAGGGGUUUCUGGCUCUCUGAUUAUUUGGAUAAUGUAUAGACUUACAGAUCAAGAUGUCAACAGUCACAGUGGUCUGUUCCAGGCUACAUGAUUAUAGCCCAACAAAUGACAUGCUAUUUUCAAUCAGAUGAAGGACUUAAUACACUGACCAAGGUUAUCACCCGGCCUCUUCAGAAGAAGCUUCAUCCAGGCUCUAUACUCUUCCCCCCCCCCCCCCCCCCCAAUAUAUAUUUUAUUGAGGUUUGCAAAGUACAGAGAAAGAAAAAGGAAGUAGCAAAAAAUAGCAUGGGGUCCAGUCAAUACACCAAUCCCAGUUACACCAUAGAUUAACCAUAAGCAAAAAUGGUGGAGCCCGAGGUAAAACCUCACAUUUUCCAUUUUCUGAUACAACAUACCAAAAUUGUGGACAAUAAAAUUAUACAAAUCGUAUAAAAAUUACUUUGCAGUAUAAACAAUCGCCCAUCAGAUAUAAGAAUAGAACAAAAAUACAAACAGUAUAACAUUCUAAUGUGUCCUCGUCAGGGAACACAAAAAAACAACAACCCGUAAACAAACAGAAAAAUUAAAAUAAAAUAAAAUAGUACCUGCCUAGGCUAAGGGACCGCCGACCCAUCCAUGGAGACAUCAUCAGAGCCAGAGAAAAUAUGAGGUUGAUGGAGAAACAGAAAACGGGAUGAGAAGAGGGGUGUAUACGGCAACGGUGGGUAGUGGAGACUAGUGCGUGAAAGGGAUAAGAAGUUGAUAAGAAGAAGGGGGAAAGAUGGGAGAGCAGAGGGAGCGAGGUGGCUAUGGGAGAGAGAUCGGGGGGUCAUCAGUCAGGAGUUGUAGGCCAUACCAUGCGGUGCAGCUGAAACACUGCUGAAUAGCUAAUUUUGUCAGAGUAGGUAGCUUGUGUAUGAAUCGACCCCAGCAUUGAAAUAGUGCAGGAGUCAGUAUUUCCUUAUUGAGAGAUGUUUCCAACCAGUCCAUUGUGAACAGGAAAAGGAGCCUAGAGGUCACUAAAGGUAAUGUGGGACGUGAGUCGUGGAUCCAUUGUUGAAGUAUAGCUUUCCUGCCUACCGCUGAGAGAAUCACUACCAGUUUCGCAUCCUGGGAAGGGAGAUCGGUCUGAACACGAAUAUGUCCAGGCUCUAUACUCUUGUUCCUUCACUUAUUUUAGAAAUACAUGGCAAGAUCAUAUUAUAGUGUCCAUUUCUUAGUAAAAUGACCACUGAUACUUAUCGGAUACUGGUGCCAUUAGUAGAGUCAGAAUAUAAUGGGCCUUAAUGGUUUUGGUGGGUCACUGCUACACCACCUGAUUACUAUACCUUGCCCUUUCUCCUUCUCUUGCAGCCAUGUGUCCAACUGCUCCUCUGCCACCCCACCUGAUUUACCCAAUUCAACUUCAAACUUAAUAUGACCAAAUGUAAGCUAGCUAUCUCCCCCUCAAAGUUGAUUACACAAUCUUCCUGCUCCCCCACACACGCUUUUUUUCCCCAUAAAAACAUUGUUGUUGACUAUUGAUGGGCAGAUAUCCUAGAUCAGUGGUUCUCAAACUCGGUCCUCAGGUCCCCACACAGUGCAUGUGUUGCAGGUAACCCAGCAAGUGCACAGGCGUAUUAAUUACUCACUGACACAUUUUAAAAGGUCUGCAGGUGGAGCUAGUUAUGUCACUUGUGAUUCUGUGAGACCUGCAAAACAUGCACCGCGUGGGGUCCUGAGGACCGAGUUUGAGAACCUGUGUCCUAGAUGGACAGAGCGGCGGCUCAUGUAAGGGCUUUGACGGGAGGUUCUUCCAGCUGCUCAAGACCUGGAGGUGUUCCAGAGCUAUAGCAUUUCUCUUCUCCAUCAGUGAAAAUUGCCUGUUGGACUUCCAGUGAUAAGUAGCCGCCCCUGUGACUGCAUAGUCCCCUUUCCUCAGCAGUACUAAUUUACUUACUGUAGGGUUUUGUUUUUUUACAUUAUCUUAAGUCAGAUCCUUUUUGACUUUUUUGAUACUACUUCGUACAUGAGCUUGGCACUACCUGUUGAGCUAGGCGCACUACAAAGCUUUUUACCAAUCAAUUGAGAGAAGGCCAGGCUAUUGCAGACUUUGUCUUGUGAGUGCAACAUUUUUACACUAAUAAUACUAAUAAUAGUUUUAUUUAAAAUAGCGCUCUUACUCCAACAGGACUCAAGGCACUUUACAGACAUCAAAAACAAUGUAAUACAGCAAUAGAGGAAGCCACACAGACCUAAAAAGUAAACCUAGAGCGCACAGAAAGCAUAAUGCAGUAUUUGGUGUAGGAAUUUUGGGUAAUAACUUCCACAAGUUGUGUUUUCCACCCUUACAAGGCACCAGGUGAGUCAGCCAUCUUGGGUGCACUGUGUAGGAUUACCCUGGGUGAAACAGUCUACACCUAGAAGAGAUGGUACAAAAUGGGGUAGUUGCAGCAUCCUAACGCUCAGAACAGGGUCAACAAAAGUCAGGUCCAUGUAUUUUUCAUCCCAUCCACAAGCGACCCAGAUGAGGCAGCCAUGUUGGGUGCACUACGAAGGAUACACUGUGGAAGGCGAGUCAAACAACGGCCCAAUGCAUACAUGGGAAAACUGAUACUUGUGCUUAUAACAGCUUCCUAAAAUGCUUCCUAUGUAAUGUAAUCACUGCUAUGCUAUAAAAGCACAGAUCACUUAAACCCAAUGAAAGGAGUAAUUGAUCAAAACACCUAGUAAUACUCCAGUACAAGCAGGUGAGAUAGUCUGUGACAGCAAUCUGAAUACAUAUGCCUAGUAAUACUUCAGUACGAGCAGGUGAGAUAGUCUGCAAUAGUGAUCUGAAUACGUUUACUUGUUGAUGAGAAGGAGAGAGGAGGAAUCAAUUCAGAAUCGAUAACAGAUGAAGAUAUAACUAAUCAGUUGAAGAUCUAAUUAAUAACACGUUACUAUUGACUUUAAACUGGCCCUUUAUAACUAGACACUUCAUAUACUAGACACCCUAGCAUCCUAAAGGACUGGCGUCCUAACCUAUACUCAGCCACUGACAAGGUUCCGUACACAUUCAUAUGACUGAUCAUAGAGGACAAUAAACUACUUAUCCACCCACCUCCCUUUCUCCAUCACUUAGAGGGCCUUUUAGUGCAUAUGUAUUGCUAAUGCUUGUCCAUUUACUCCUUGUCCUCUUAUGUUGUCAUGAAGCACCAAUAUGUUCCUUGGUUUCCCCCGUUAGUUUGCUUGAUAAGAAAUGUUUGGAAAAAGUGAUAAUCUGAAGCAUUCUAUUUUAGCGUUACCAUGUUUAUGCCGCUAUUUUUGGGUCAUUGACCUAUAUGCUUGAUGCUCAUAUUAAUUCUUGCUGUCUUUUUGUCUUCAACCCUGGCAUCUUGAUUGAACGUGCCUUUUUAUUUACUUCUGUUUGUUUUUUGUAAUACUAUAUAAUCUGUUCUGUGCUCCAGCAUUAACACAUAGCAUUAAAGAAAUGUUGCUGUUAUAUUACUUGUGUUUUCUACUGUUACCAGUGGUUCCACAUUACCUGCUUGUGUACUCACCUUCUAUUACUGUUGCUGCUAUUGCCACACCAUUUAUUUCUUUUGUGAAAAAAAAUUAAUAAAACGUAUUUACCAUUGA